GACAGAAGAUGUUUGUAGGGAAAAGGGGUGGAGAGCAGGGAGGAACGCGGGCCAGUGGAGUCGGUUUGGUUAUAAAGAGCUAGGGAGGAAAGCGAGGCAGCAUUUCGGCCCGCAGCUGGGUCUUCGGCGGACUCUGCGAUGGCAGACGGGAAAGCUGAGUCACUGCAUUCCUCCGUCGGGCUCUUGGGCAUUUCCGCAGGAUCACUCUUACUGGCAGUGCAUUUCUACAGUUUACCCAGAGCAGCCCCUCUGAUCCCCAGCACAGCUCUAGGAGUCCUGCUGUUGAUUUUAUCAUCUCUUUUGGCAUAUUCAGGAAUUCGGAGAAGCCUAAGAAAUGCCUUCCUCUUCUUGUCUCUCUGCCUGACCAUCUCAGUGUUCUGGUGUGGCUACGGAGUGGUCUUCAUCCUGGGAGGACAAGGAGUUUUGAACGACACUGGUGAUUUCCGCGAUGCCUUGGUGCCUGGCCUGGUCACGUUUACUUUGGCACUACUCACGAUUGCAGUGGUGGGCUUCCUUUGCAGAGAGGUCAUCCUAGCUAUGAUUGCUUCUGCUGUCUCACUUGCCAGUGCUCAUGAAGUUGCCAUGCAUUAUAGCACAGCUUUUGGUUCCUCUGCUGUGGCUUGCAAUUAUAUGAUUGUCUGUUUGGUUGGUGGUUAUUUUGCUCUGGGAAGGAUUCUCUGUGUCCUAACCAAAGAGAAAAUUGCCCUCCCUGGCACAGAUCUGGCCAAGAAAAAGACCCAUGAGCAGAUCCAGUCCGCCAGUGGCAGCAUGAAUCGUUUUGCAGUCAGUGGUCUGAUUCUGAACAUGCUGUCUGCCAGCGUCUUUGGCUGUAGGCUCCUGGGUGUCACUGGCAAGCUGUUUAUCGGCCAAGUGCCCUGGCUGUGGGCAGCUGGGAUCUACCAGACUGGCAUCUGCAUUUUAUCAUACCGUGCGAUGGAUGUACUGAUGGCGACAUUCUUUGGUUUCACUUCCAUCCUGAAAUUUGCUGGAGGCUAUUGCCUUCUGUACCCAGCCUGGCAACCGGAGGAGCCAUCUUUCCCUACUCCAUUCCUGGUGGUUUUCUCAAUUCUUUUUGCUGUCUUGGCUCUUUUUCUCACUCUUAAGAGCCCGGUGGAUGGCCUGUAUUUGCUGUUUUAUGUGGCCUACUGCAUUGCUUUAGCUUGCCGUCCCAAGGGGUUUUUUGAAGGUGGACCCCAAGGCGUGGACGUGGCCAUCUUUGUGGCCUCAGCCUUGAUAACUCUAAUUCACCUGUACAAUGUGAAAGCAGGUACCAAGAUCCCAACAGGGAAGGGUGCUGUGAAGGCCCUCCUUGCUCGCAGCAGCUUUCUGAAGCUUCGUGAAGGGGCAGACCUUCACACUCCUUACCUAGGGUACUCCAAGUAUGCAGAUGCAGAAGUACUUGGCUAUGCAUGCAGCGUCCUUGCUUCUUUUGCUAUAACAGUGCCAGGGGACCCAGAGGCUCCACUUGCUACUGUUGUAAUCCCGUGGGUAGUGGUAGCUGGGGGGAUCCUUAAGCUUCUAGGAGGCUCAGUGGCCUUUGCCCGGGGUAAAACUCUGGAGAGCAGUGCCUUCAUUCUCUAUGCUGUCAUGUGGAUCAUCUGGGGCUUGACGAGAUACGGUGGCCUCUAUGGCACUACCAGGAGCUUCCACGCAGCGGUAGGCAUCAUUGCUUUCAUGCUCUUCAAUGGCUUCAUUGUCUUCUGCACGCUCUUCCUAAACACCGCCUGGUUCUUUUACUCCCUCACUUUCAUGCUCGUCGCUGUCAGCUUCUUGCUGGAUGCCAUCCAUGCUCUUCCAGCUGGCUAUGACAUUGCUGCCACCCUCAGCUUUGGUCUGGUCAGCUUUUACUGCUUCCUGUCUGCCCUUUUCAACAGCAUCUUUGAGGGUUCCUGCUUACCCAUGGGUAGGCCCAUUGUGCAGCUCAGUGGUGUGGGGGGAGGAAUGACCAAGUGCCUUCACCUGCCUGCCAGGAAAGCUUCCUCAGUCAAGAGAAUUGCAGAUAUCCUGAAGAACGGAGGGACUUGCGGCAUCCCCACAGAUACUGUGUAUGUGCUCGUGGCAGCUUGUAAUCGGCCUGAUGCUGUGGAGAAAGCUCACCACUCCAAGCGCCAGGCUCAGGAUCGCCCCAUGUCACUCUGGAUUUCUAGCCUAAAGCAGCUGGAACCUGCAAAGCAUUUGUUCACUCCCCUCCUCUGGGACUUCAUGGAGGCUGCUUGGCCAUCUCCUAUUAGCUUGGUGGUUCCCAGAGGUGAAUGGGUGGACUUCCUGGGAAUGCAGGACUCUGCGAAGUACGUCGGUACCCCUCAGAGCGUUGCCAUCCGCAUCCCCGACUGCUCCGUCACCACACACCUCAUCGACCUGGUUGGCCCCAUUGCGGUCACGUCAGCUAACCCAACGGGAGAGGCAGACACAACACACCACAACCAGGUGUACGCCAAGCUGGGAGAUAAGGUGGAUGCAGUUCUUUGUGAUGGGCCUUCUCCAGAGAACAUUGCCUCCACCGUUGUGGACUGCACCAAAAUCGACGGUGGAAACAUAGGAUUCUUCAGAGUCGGUAUCAUCCCCAAGUCUCAGGUGCUGCAGAUACUGGAGGAGGUGCAGAAGAAGCACGCCCUGGUUCCUAGCAGCGGCACUUGCACCACAAAAGGCCGGGAAGAAGAUCUGAAUCGCAGCCCUGCUCUGGGCAACGGGGUGGGCAUGGCCCCCGGUGAUGUCUGCAAGAGCCACACUCGCUUCUGAGUCCUGUGCAGGUCAAGCAGCUACGUGCUCACUAGGAAGUUUAUCUUUUUUUUUUUUUUUUUCUUUUUUUUUUUUUUUUUUUUCUGGAAAAUGACAUAUAGGUCAAACUGGGGAAUGGGAGAGGUCUCCCAGCUGUGGGGGGUGACUUAUUCAUCUUUUUAUGAAUACUGCUAAAAUACCCCAGUGCAGAGCUGCCUUACAAACCAUAGUGGCCCAGAAGUAAACUUUUCACCUGGGGAGCCUGCCAGCUUUCACUGAAGAUCAGACACGACCAAAGAAAGUGUCAUGGCAGUGACAGACUGGCCUCCGAGUAACAGAGCUUCGUUCCUUUCACUGGGAGUUAACAUCUUCCAUUUGGGGCACAGAGUGAUGUGAAGCGUUUCAUAAUUACACGUCGCGGGGAAAAACCACCGCGCGAAACUUGAGGUGGGAGAAGGGAAGAUACAUUCAGGUCCUGUGCUGGUGAAUACAGGGAGCUUGCUAAAAUAGGUGAGGCAGAGUGUGGCCAGGGGAGCUGGGGCUGUCUGCUGACGUGUCCUCUCAAAGUGGAGCUCACAGAACCCAAUGCUAAAAAGAAACGCCCUGAUCAGAGAUGCCAUUUUCUGUAUUUCACAGCCAGUGUGAGGGUGGGAUUACCGUCUGGAUGACUCCAACAACAUCUCCUUAGAAGGGCUGGAGCGUUAUGGAAGACCCUCCCUUCCUGUGUUAUCUUAUGCAGAGUAUGAAUUUCAGGAGAGCCAUCUGCACUGCAUUUGAGGACACUCUAGAAGCUGCUCUCCUACCUUAGAGCCUAACUGUACACGCCUCAUGGUACAUCUCCUCCAGAGUGCAGAUUUAGUGCAAUGGUAGCUGCUGACCGGGAGGAGGUGAAAAGAAGCUUCAAACCAACACAAAGGAGUUUUCCUUGGCCCAGACUGCAUGGCUGUGCAGUUAGUGGCUUGUUUAGCCUCUGAAAACUGUUGAUCUUAUUCUUACCUGACUCAGGUGCAAGGUGCUGAUCAAACUCCAGCUGAAACCAAUGAAUUGCUUCAUUGAUUUCACCUGAAGUCAUGCUGGAACUUAAGCAUAAAUGCUGUGCAGUCAGAGGAGCUCAACCUCUAUGAGCUACAACAAAACCAGGUCUUCUCAGCUUGUUCUUACAGAACUGGCUCUCUUCCUGCAGAGAAAGAAAACGCCAGGUAUUUGGGUUUGUUAAAUAAUUUUGCUGGUCUACUUCCUGUUAUCUCUUUGGAGUUUAUUAAAACUGAUUUUUAGAAAGCAAUAAAAUAUUUUCAAUAAACAGUCAUAUCUCA